GCAGUCCCUUAUUUUCUCCAUAGCCUAGUUGAGCGUUCCGGCAGCUCCCUGAAGGCCUGAACGCCCUAACAUUGGGCGAAACUCCUUUCUCAGAGAGACGCUUGACGACAAAAUGACGGCGGUUGCCAUACCGUCAUCUCAUUCCAUCAUAAAUGUCGUCAACGAAGCAAAUCUCAACAAAAUUGAAAGCUUCCUCAAUGACACGGCGUACAGGGAAGCCAUUGAGAACUCGUCCACGUAUAAUAGCAGAUUAUGCCGAGAACGGAGGUUACGAAUGCCUUUCCUCGAUUCGCAAACGGGCGUAGCUCAGAAUCAUUCAAAUCUCUUCAUGUCGUCCCGAGAACGUCUCCCGGGUCUUCAACACGGCCAAAUCUAUACAUAUCCAAGUAAAAGAUGGCGGAAAAAACGAAGACAAUACCUAAUGCAUUAUCUUCAUCCAAAACGUGGUAGAGGAGACUUGGACGAUGGAAUCGAGGUGGAUGGAAAUGUUGCAGGUAUCAAUGAUGACAGCAAAGAAUCAGCUGCUUUGAAAGGUUUCACCAUGAAUUUCGCAGAUGAGCACAGCAAGGACGCCUGGUACUACGAUGAAGAAGAUAUGCUGGACAUGGAUGCGUUUGAGGAGAGGGACCAAGAUAGUGAUUACGAUUAUGAGGAGAGUUAUAGUAGUAAAAGGAAGAGGAGAAGAGGGCCAAGAGGAGGUGGACAUCAUCCAGCAAGAAGUCAUCCACCAGCAACUGACAGCCCAGGACCAAAAAGAACAAAAGGCGGUGGGAGAGGACGAAAAAAAGCCAACUACGAUGCUGGUGAUUCUGACAAGCCAUUCGUGUGUGACCUAUGCAGCGCACGGUAUAAAACCAGACCCGGUCUGGUCUACCAUUACGGUCAUUCCCACUCUACUUCCUCUGGUGAUCCUGCUAAGGAACUAAGUCCCAGUCCUGCCGAUGUUGAAUCACGGAGCGUUGCAGACACCGCUGCUUCGGACCAGCCAGGUGGUACACGUCGGGGGCGACAGAGUACAACUGCCACCUCGAGUACCUCGAGUCCCUCCCCCGUGGCGAAUGUGAAUCCGACUGUCGGUGCACCGCCUCAGCCGUCGCAGCAGCAACAGCUGCCGCCGGUUCAGACGAGCGCUCCACCAGUCUCACCUACUGUCUCAGCUCCCAAGGAGGAACUUCAAUUGAUGACCGUUGGAUCACCAUCGGCUGUUACAUCACCAGGACCAAUGAGACCGGACGUUGGUAUAGCUACUGGAUUAACGGGUAAUCUUGGUGGUAAUCCAAUGGGGCCCACUGUUGGUGGACAAACAAUCGAUAAGAAGACCGGUAAAACGCCACAACCAUCGCCCUACUGUGAUUUCUGUCUUGGUGAUGCUAGGGAGAAUAAAAAAACUGGUGGUUCCGAGGAAUUGGUCUCAUGCAGCGAUUGCGGUCGUUCAGGGCACCCAACUUGUUUGCAAUUUACUGCAAAUAUGAUCGUUUCUGUACGCAAGUACAGGUGGCAGUGUAUCGAGUGCAAGUGUUGUUCCAUAUGUGGCACCUCUGACAAUGACGAUCAGUUGCUGUUCUGUGAUGACUGUGAUCGCGGAUACCAUAUGUAUUGUCUAUCCCCACCUCUGGCAACUCCACCCGAGGGUUCCUGGUCGUGUCGUCUGUGCAUUGCCGAGUUUCAUCGACGCGAGUGAACCACAAGCCGAGAGAAUCUUACAAAAUAAUCAUUAAAAAAAAAAAAAAUUUACAAAGUAACAUGGGUGCUGAUGGUCAUACUCAACAAUGGUCGCUCGAGUGAAUCGUGGCAGCUGUUUCCGUCGUUAUAAAAAGGGCCUCUUGUACGUACUCUUGUUUCCUGAAACCACCUGUUGGUGGAUCGUAUGAUCCGAACAAGAGUCAUCUUUCAAUUGAAAAAAAAUAAACAAUUUUUUUCAUUUUUUGAAUUAAAAGCAAUUCAACUCCUCAUAGUUUCUAACGUAGAAUUCUCAUCUUCUUCUUCUACAUUGAUUAUCCCGAUGCAUUUUACAUUGGUAAUAGUAAAUUUCUAAACGAUACUGCAGAUAAAUAGUUGAAACGCGAAAUAGUAACGAAGUAGUUAUCAGUUUCACACGUGAUUUUAAUGGUUAUUACGUCUCAGGCGCUGGUGAUCUCAGAAGUAUAAUUAAUCUUGUAACUAAUUAAUUCUGAAUACUGUAAAGAAUUUUAUAAAUAAAAGAGAACAAUGCUCCUUAGGUAGAAUCGAGAAUUGAAAUCCAAUGAAGAAAAACAAAAGACAAAGUGAAUGAUAAUUGUCCGUAAACAAACAUUGAAUUGAAAAGAAAAAAAAUGAAUGAAAGUUUUAAUGAAUUAUACACCCCAGGCUCAGCUGAAAUCUUUUUCUAUAUUAAACAAAGUAAUAGAACUUAUAAUUGUAGCCAGAGAUGGAGACUGAUUCGCAAAUCAAUCGAAACCGUUGUAACGUCUUUCAAGAUUUGUCGUGAAAUAAUGUGAAAUGAAUUUAAUAAUAUUAAACAUAAUGGUGUAAAAAAACGUAUGGACAAUAUAGUGAAACUGAAAAGAACUAGCUGGAUGUACGAUAGAUACGACAAUACCUUCUAGAUAACAGAAAGCGAAAAUGUAAUUACCCGGAUUUUUUCUUGAGUCUGUUUCAAAGUUUUUUUUUUUCCUAGUUUUAAUUUUAUUGGAAAAACUCAAACUGUUUUGAAUAAUCUCCAUGAAUGUGAGAUCGCAGUAAUGGAAAAAGAAUACUUCAAGAAUGCCAUAAUACUAAUCAUUUAAUUGAGAAAAUUAAAAAACUGACAUUCGUGCAUAGAUUGAAGGUUGUCUCUUCAUCUGUAUGUAUCAUAAUAUUCAAGCUUUUACACUUAAAAAAAAUAUCGUGCGAUAACUGUUUAGCUCUAACACACCAAUCAAUGCAAACGAAUGGAGGAAGAGGUGAAACCAUGAUUUAACGAAAAUUUGAGGAAGAAAGACCGAGAAUAACGAGAAAACAAUUCUGGAUAGCCGUAAAUGCAUGUUUUUUUUUCUCCCCUAACGUCGGAUGAUUUUUCAUUUCAAUUGUUGUUCAGCUCAGUAUUUUUAUAUUUUAUAUACAUGGAGUGUACUUAAGUUAAGUUGCAAAUGAAAAAAAAAACGAGAUUGAAACAUGGAAUUGUACAUUAAAACAAAUCACCUGAAUUUAGAAAUUAAUUGAUCGAUUAAUCAUGCGAAUGAGAUUGUAUUUUGAGUUGAUCAUUACUGGUGAUUCAGGAUUCAAUUUUUUAUAUCGCUUAUUUUCAAUGAUUGUACGCAAAUUGCUAAUAAAUGAUUAGUUUCUACUAA